UGCAUUGAGGGCGAGGUUUGAAGGCUGGGACUGAGACAAAAGAAUACGUUGUCUUGCAAAGACAGAACUCUAGCUAUAUCACAACAUAUUGAUCAGAACUUAAUUUUCAAACUUCAAAUAGAUUCGUAAAGCAGGUCAGUCUACAUUAAACCGAACGUCUAUCGGGCGUUGGUUUAGUAGUCUGUUCAUAGCUUUUUCAAGCGAGAUGAAGACAGGAAUAUAAACAAAACAGUUGGAACUCAGUCUCGUAUUCAGCCUAGAAAAUGAACGGUUUCCAGUCCAGUCCGCCGGAGUGUCCAGCGGGAAGCGUCUGUUCGAUUGAGGGCUUACCCCCUUUACCGAAGGGCCUGAGCGGUAUCCUCAACUCUAGCGGCGGCUCCUGGCGGGACAUAGAGAAGGUGUACAGUAAAAGAACACGCAUUCAGGCCGACAUCAGUAAGUCCCGGGUGAGCGACUCCCUUGGUCGAAGCAAACCCGCAAGCUUGGAUGCAGCAUUGGCUAUGUUGCGAAAAGAAAUGGUGGGCUUAAGACAGUUGGACAUGUCUCUACUCUGCCAGCUAUGGUCACUCUAUGAAUCCAUCCAGGAGUACAAAGGUGCCUUCCAAGACAUCUCGUCCUCUUUGCUAUCAGAGAGUUCCUUCACCACUGAAAAUGGUUAUUCUGAGGAUGAGGAAGAGGAGGAAGAAGAGGAGACUGAAGGAGGAAGCAGAGAGUCUCAGGAUGCCCCUCGGUCCACUUUGCCACAGCCAGCCCAGAACUCCCGUGACCAGUGGAUCAAAGACUCCUUCCAUAUCCCCAUAUAAAUUUGCCAAAUUCCUUCUGUAACUUCUAAAUUCUAAUUCCCUGUCAAAACAAACAUUGCUUUAUUUUGGAUUUGUAGCAGCCUGAAUUGUAUCAGUGUGGUAAGCAACAUGUUUACUCUAACAUAUGAAAGGUCAUUCAGUGUACAGGCUUUAAAUGUAGGCCUAAAAUGAAGGAAAUGUAGUGUGUUGCCUGAAAUACCGGAUGAGGAAGAAAAGCAGGAAAAGGAAAACAAUGACAAAAAGAGGAAUGUUGAUUCAAGUUUUGCCUCAUGCAUUUGCCUAGUGUGAAGCCAUUUGGCUCCAAGCUCUAGAUGUAUAGUCCCAAGAUAUCCAUAAUAUAUAUUUUAAUCUUUCUUUGUAUUCAAGUGUAAUUACCACUAUGAAUGAAGAUUGUAUUUCCAACAAUAUGGAACUUCUUUGUAUCUACACUUGUACGACCAUUUUGCAUAGUUUUGUCUUUUAUAUGAAAUCAAAUGUUGGGUUUAUUUUCCAUAUAUGUGUCCAUAUACAGUAUUACAUGUAAUUCUGAAUUUGUGAAUACAAUACUUUUUAUUCAAAA